AUGGAAUACCUUCACAAAUGUGUAGCUUCUCAACAAAGAAAAGUAAAAUACGAGGGAAUAACCGCUGGGGAUACAGGUUCAUAUCAAUGUUAUCAUUACGCUUUCCGCCUGUUGUGGAACAUAUUGCUAACUUCACCUUUUGCAAACAUGCGUGCUUGUAUCUCUCACCUGAGAAAUGAGAAUAGGAAUUUUGAAGAGAUGGAAUUUUAUUAUCGCUGUUUUCUACAUCUUCUACGCAACAAUCAAGCUCAUGCAUUGCGCGAAGAAAUGAUGCAGGCAGGAUGUGAAGACAUCAAAAGAAUGUUGAUGCUGACAAAUAUCGAACGAGUGAUAAAACUGAUACAGAAUCCCCAUCAAGAAUGCAAUUGA